AUAUAACUGUUGAUUUCUGAACUUUUUUGACAGAUCGUGCGAUUAUUGUUCAAUAAUUCUUAUCUUUGUCAAUUUACUAUUUGAGUAACCUGUUUAAGUCGUUUCAUUCACAUUCACAGCAUGGCGUGGAAACCUUUAUUGUUUGUGAGUUUGAUAUUAAUCACAAAAAUACACACAGGGAAAACCCAUUUUCUGAAAGAUUCCAACAAUUACACUUUCCCUGAUUCGUUUAAAUUCGGGAUUGCUACUGCUUCAUAUCAAAUAGAAGGUGCCUGGAAUGAGGACGGAAAAGGAAUAAGUGUUUGGGAUUACUAUACACAGAAUACGAGUUUCGUUAUUGAUGGGAGAAAUGGUAACGUUGCUUGCGACUCUUACCACAAAUAUAAGGAGGAUAUCGAGCUGUUGAAGCAACUUGGCGUGAAUCAUUACAGAUUUUCAUUGGACUGGACGAGAAUUCUGCCUGACGGAAUGAUCAACAAUAUAAAUCAAAAAGGUGUUGACCAUUACAGUAACUUGAUAGAUGAACUGAUUGCAGCUGGAAUUGAGCCAAUUAUAACCAUCAACCACUGGAAUUUUCCAAAAAGUUUGGAUCACUUAGGAGGUUGGUAUAACCCUAAAAUCGUCGACUACUUUGCUCAAUAUGCCGAUCUUCUCUUCAACUUAUACGGAAAUAGGGUUAAAACUUGGAUAACUGUCAACGAACCCCAUACCAUAUGCAUGCGAUUAGUGGGUCAGUUUCAAAUUGUAGAUAAGACCUUUCCAAGGGGUGUUGCUGAGUACAUUUGUGGUCACCACUUCUUGAAGAUGCACAGUGCAAUGUGGAAUAUCUACCAGACAAAGUAUAAAAAAUCACAAAAAGGAAGAGUGGGUUUAGCGCUGAGUUUGCAGAGCUACUUGCCGAAGACUGAUGCAGAAGAUGAUAAAAAAGCUGUGGAAAGAGCUCUUGUUUCUGCGGUGAGUACAAGUGAUCCUCAGACGAAGAAAAAGAAGCAAAAAAGAGGACACAAAGAGUUAGAAGAUAUACUGGAGGACGACGAAGAAGUCGCUGGAGGACGUAGACACAAAGGUGGUAAAAAGCAAAAAAGUACCAAACGCGUGGAAGGUACGGAACAAGAUUUUGCAGAAGUUAAAGAAACAAAAGAUCUGGAGGAGAAAUUUUUUGACGAUGAAUUUGAAGAAUCCAAUUUAGGACAACUUGAAAAUUAUUUAACUAAACGUUUCAGGCGAAAAUUAUCAAUGAUUUCUCAAGCGACCUCUUAUCAAAGUAAAGAUUUUCCAUCUUCAGAAAAAGAUAUCGCUGGCGAACCAGAAGUCAGCAAGUAUGUUCAGAAAUUCCGAAGAGACUCAGAAAUUAAAAAAUCGUUACCAAAGAGAAAAAAGAUCAAGAGAGGCACACUCGAGAGUCAUUCGUUCACCAAUAUCAAUCAGCCAAUUCUGAAAGAUUUCUUCUUUGGUUCGAAGGAGGGUACCAUGCAUCAAGGUGAUUUCAGUUUUCCUACAUCAGUGAGGAAUAAUCAGGGGAUAUGCAUGUCCGUAGCAGCUUAUUGUUACUCAAUUUUAAAACACCCCAACAAAUGGACGCGAGAAAAUAUUGAUGAAAUAUUGAACUUUGGCAACAAUCUUUUGUUGGAAAGUGCCAAACAGGCUCACAUACACCGUUUGUCGAGAGAAUUGAAGCCCAAUGAGUUGCAGAAGUACUGUAUUGUAGGUGAGAAAAAAAUACGCUUCACAGUAGACGAUACGGAAGUUUCGGGAUAUAUUAAUUCAAACGAUAAAAGAGUGUUCAAUCUCACAAAAGCUCUGAGGAUAUUUUUUGCGCGAAACUCUGCAGGAAUUUUCAAAACUCAAGAUAUCAGUGUAGCAAUUUGGAAAAACAAGUACUUUUAUAUGUUUGACGCAAGACCCAGAACAAGGGAUCUCUACUGUUCACCAACUGGAACCGCCAUCAUGGCAAACUUUUACGAUAUUCCUGCACUUGCUACGGUUUUUUUGAGCAGAUCCAAUUUUGGUAACUGGCCAUUCAACAUUUAUCCUCUGAAAGUGUUCAGAAUUUUGAAUAAGGAUGAACCGGAAAAGAAUUCCAGCAGUGAACUAAACGCCAUCAGUGAAUACGAGGUUUUGAAUGAAAACAAAGCUGUGGUUUCUGGAUCUUUUGAUUUGGCCGAUAAAUGUUUCGAAUUCAGUAGAAAUAAACAGUCUUUGGCUAUGAGUGUCGUUUGUUUGGUAUAUUCCAGGAUAACGCCACCUAGUGCCUGGCAUAAAACUACUGUUGACAAAAUCAUGAUACUUGGAAACAAACUGUAUUUGGAGUGCCUGGAAUGUGAAUCGAUAGUAGACCUUCAGCUGGAUAAUCUGCCUGCCAUAUUCACAUUGGGACCUUAUAUCGUCGAAAUAUACAUAUACGGAAAUGUAUUGGCAGACUUGUUAUAUCGGGCUUGUUGUUGUCAGCUGAAGUGUUGCCUCGAAGAGUUUUCGGAGAAAUGUACUAACGCCCUACUACAAAUAGGAAAAUGUUAUCUUGCGGUAUGGAAGCAGAGGAAUAUGUAUUACUGUUUCGAUCCCUACUCCAGGAACAGGGAGGGAUAUAAGUGUCGAGAUGGUAAAGCAUGUGUAUCAAUGCAUACUAACAUUGACUCUCUCAUUGAAACUAUCGUCACAAACUUCGACUCGAAAGAUAUGAUAUUUUAUUUGCACGCUAUGAAAGUUUGUAAAAUUCAUCGUGAUCCAGUUCAGUCCUCCCGUUUUCCCAGACACCUAUCGAUGAACGAUUACCCACUAGAAGAGUUAAGGAACUACAAAAUGAAAAAAUCGAAAAAAGUGGCUACGGAAAAGCCUGUUACUGUUGAUUAUUCCGCCUUGGCAAUGCGGAGGUUGUUAGCUGGGGAAUCCCCACAAAACUCCAUUUUUGAGAUUGGAUCCGCAGUGGAGAGUUUGGAAAUGGGGUUGAUCCCGCAAAUGGCACAAAAAGUACCAUCCAAGUCUAUUUUGAAAGCGAAUCCCAAAAUAGUUGACGUCAUUGCAGAUUUGGAUUCUCCAAGUUUGACAGAUACCCAA